GCUUAGAGGCACAAAUAGUAGGAGAGCGGAGUAAUCGAUAUGAUAUUCAAUAGAUGUCUGAAUAGUACAGCGAUUGAUCCUUGGAUUUCUAAAAUCAGAGAUCAAGGAUCUUCUACACAACCUACGGACUAACGUACGGACCUGAGGGUAUCAGAGAGAAGGUCGAGGAAGGUCUGCUGAGGCCCGCUCUCUACGAGAGGAAUACUCAGCCACCACCGCCGACCUCUAGCCGUCAAGGCUACGUAACCCCUCGUGCAGGAUCCGGGUGUUACACUUUGUGAGAUACCCCGCGGUUCAGGCCGUUGCGAGAUCUGUGCUUCCCCAGAUUUAUCGACCUGCGCGUAUAUAAGAUUGCUCCUCGGCCAGCAGCAGCUAUUUUCUUUUUAUUUUAAGCCUGCUUUGCAUGCUACACUGCUUGACAAUGGAAUUUACAGACAACCCCGCACUGGUCGAAAAGGCCGACAGCAAAGGCCGCAGUCUUGAGACACUGCCUCACGAGAUCCUGCUCAUGAUCAUCUCCUACCUUCCAUCCGAGAAGCUCAUCGCCUUAUACAGUCUAUCGGACUUCUGGUCGGAUUUGAUAAACAACAGUUCGACGUUCUGGGGGGAGCUUGAGUUCAUCCCAGAUGGGAAAAUAGUUGACGACAGUGCUGUCGCGUCCAUCGUGAAGAAAGCGUUGGGGAUCAUGCGCAUCGAACCUGACCCUGACUUUAGGUACAGAAGCUACGGCACAAAGCCAGACCGCUACCCUGCUAUAUUCAUCUCCUUGGAGUGCUUGUUCAGUCGCUACAGUGAAAUCGGGAGAGGUAACAGUAGCUGUUUGUAUUCAUUUAAGGCCAAAUUGCUCUCGACUAAGCAGAGUCCCGCAGAGCGAGGAGCUGAGGGCAGGGAGGAGGUUUAUAGAAUAGCGAGCGAGUAUAUAUCAAAUCAUUAUCCUGUGAAGGCUUGCAUCGAUUGGCGUAUGAAUCGAAUAAGUCCUGCGGCGUUUUUGGAUUUGGGUGAAGAAGAUCGAUAUUUGCAUGAAGGACUUUGGGAGCUUUUGAGAGGUGUACGGAUGCUUCAUCUGCCGCUGGAUACGAUGGCGACGUUUUUAUACACAGCAGUUGAGAAGGGUGGGAAAAAACUUUCCGUAGAGCUCCUACAGUUUUCUGAUCAGUCUGGAUCAUCACUUAACAUUGAGAGCAAGGAGCUUGAAUUCGGCCAACUAUUCGACUCCCUGAAAGUACUCAUCAUCAACGACACCAAGAAUGAAGAAUUGGGUUCUCCCCGUCCUCGUCACAAGAUAUCACAGAAUCUGCUGGCCCAGCUCUUGCAAAGUACGCCGCGACUGGAGGCACUUGUCCUGUGCGACUUUUACGUACCGUCCAAUAACAGCGGCAAGCCGGAAACGCCCAGAGCUCUUGAUCUGCUGAGCCAUGAUGAUAUUGAGUAUGUUGAUUUUUCCGGGACCAAAUUCGCGAGUGGUUUUCCGCUGCUGAACAAGAGUUGCAAAUCUGUCAGGCUCCGCCGGUCCCGGCUUUCUGCGGCGUUCUUUUAUGAAGCGCUGAAGGCCCCAGAUGCUCUUCCAGAUCUACAACUUCUGGAUCUAAGUGACAGCCCUGAUAUCACCGAUGCGAUGCUUUUGGGGUAUCUUUACCAUAAACGGGCGCUACCGAAGACAUUCCAGCUGAGAAAUUGCUCCGGGCUCGAGUUUAGCUCUACGUUGCUUCAACAACUGGCAUCUCACUGUUUGGUGAUUGACGUGAGCCAAAACAAGGCUUUCACGGAUAAAGCUUUGUAUGCCUUGUUCUUCUGGUCAAACAUUAGUCUGAAAAAUAUCGAUAUCUGUGGGACGUCAGUAACUGAAGGGGUAGGCAAGCUGUUUAUGAUGCGGCCUGAUGCGAGUGUGCAUGUGAAUUGGUCGAGGAAUGGGGAAGUCAGAGCAGAAGAAAGAUGGGUUAAGAAGAUGGAUAAGAGAGAAACGCAAUCUUAUUAUGCUCGCGACGAGAAAAAGAUGUCAAAGUAUACGAAUUUACUCUGCGCCGAUCCUUUUUUCAGUAUCGAGAGACUUGACUACUGGUGGAGGAUUGCUGGAUAUACGGGGUGAUAUGAGAAACUAGUGGAAGAGAGCAUUGCGAGCAGCCUGAAGGCCACAGCGGUUUGGGGAGUG